GUUGGCUCUGCCUCUUGCAUAAACAUGCGCAUUAGAAAAUGAAUGAUGCUGAAGUGGUAGCUCACUUUGCUGUGUCUAUCUUAAGGUUGUUCUCAUUUUAAAGCUGGAAUUGGGCAUCCUGAGGAUGGGUUUAUUGUUUGGCAUGGUACAAUGGUCUGAAGGUACCAGCACAGAAUAUGACAAAUAGUUCCUGAUAGUUCAAGAUGGGUGAUCAGGUUUUGAAGUGGCACUUCUGUAUUCCUAUGUUAUGCUUACAUACAAGGGACUUUACAGGGCCAGGCAGGAACAAUUUAUGAGAGAUCAAAAUCUUACUUAAAAAUGCUACUAAUACAGACCUACCGCUCUCCAUACGUGCAGAUAGGCCUCUCCAGCAAACCUGCUGUGAGUUAGGUUGUACCAUUCUAGUGAUUUCUCACUCCUAACAACAUUUUUCAUGAAUGAUUCAAAAUAUUUUAAUGGACUCUAAAUGUAAGUUGAAGGAGGUGCCAACAGUAGCUGAACUGGACACCGGAGUUAAUGAAGAUGACCUUAAUUAAGGGAGGGGAGUGAGUGAGUGAAUCCUUGAAACAUCUUCCUCGUGAAAAACAAAACAACAAAAGGGAUUUAGUGGCAUACAGAUAUUUCUCAUCUCUAGAAUGUAACUUACGGGGGGGGGGGGGGAGGGGGGAUAGGACAUAGAGGGAGGCGCUAAACAGGCUUUAAUUGAGGUAACCUCAUAAUUUCUAGGGAAAAUGAGAUGUGUAAGCCUGGGCACAGACACAUUGUCCUCGUGGGGUUUGUGGUGGUCAUCCCUUCUCCAGUGCUGUAGAUGGAUGAGUUUGGUACGGGUGAUGGUGCCUCACUUGGCAACUGGGUGGCAGUUCUUUCCCAGAAUCUUCAGACCUGGGUUGCGGUCCUGAUUGCUGAAUGUCUGGUAGAAUUCUCUAGCUAUAAACUGGAGAAGAUAAAUGAGUAGGCUUUGCUUCUAGAAGCAAUUAAGAGCUUUUAUGUAUAAGGAUAGCAGUGCUGUGUUGUAGGGUUAUUUUGUUAAUGCUUUGCUGACAUUGACUUGGUAGGAAACAGCGGGGCUGGAGCCAGUAUGCUGGACUAGCCAGUUACUGCACACUGCCUUCCUGGCUGAAAUGGUAUGCUGCAGCUGUUCCCCAAGAGACUGGGAGGAUGAUUUAAAAGCAACAACAAAACUCCCAUAGGAAUGCAGGGAAUAUCAUGUGUCUGGGAUUUCGGAAAGAGCUGGAGCAAAUGUGGCCGUGUUUGCUGUGAGCUUGUUGGCCCCGCUUUGGGCCUGGACCAUUUGACCUUCAGAGGUCCCUUCCAAAUGAAAUUAUUCUGUGAUUCUCUGUUUGUGCCUGAGCCCGGGCCUGCUGGACACUGCUGUCAUGGCACUGGAAGGAUUAAUGUGGAAGUAAAAAGGCUAACACAAGUGGCAACUGCUUGGUACGGAAAGCAAAUGAAGAAGAUAGUUGAGAGAAUUAAGCCUCUUCCGUGAACUGGAGAGGCCAUCUCUAGCUCACGAGGCUUUCAGCUUUGCCCAGGGUUCUGGUUAGAGCUAUGCUUACUUCUAGAUGACAAAAAAUAAGCAGGCGUUACUGUUGAUCUUGUCUUUGUUGAUGGAGAUUGCAGUCUUUCAGCUUUGGCUUUGCAACUGUGUUUUGCUCUGUCUGUGGUCAUCUGUCACCAGUGUUUUGUGUUCUGCCUGCUUCGUUUUGAUUUUAAUGUGGAUGGCCUUAAGUUUGUGGCCUGCUGUGACGUGGGAAUCUUUUCCUCAGUUGUGUACUGAUGUAUCCAGGGUUUGUCAAACGCUUGCCAUGGAAACUUCCCCUCGAAUACUGCUGCCUGCUGGUGCGUGGAAAAGUCUUGCUGGGAUGGGGUGCCCUGCUGGCUGACCUAGAAAUGACAGCUCAUGUAUUUUGACCUCUAUGGAUGCCUUUCUCUCCAUUGGGACUUUGAAGCCUGAGAGGCUUGAGACAGGGGAUUUGGCUUCUGUGCAAUUAGCAGGAACUCCAAAUAGAUGGGAGGUCUUGUCUGCAGCUCCUGCCACUAUAAAGGAUGAAGCUGGUAAUAUAGUACAGAUUCCAGGUGCUGCCACAGUAACUUCAAGUGGGCAGUAUGUCCUUCCUAUUCAGAGUUUGCAAAAUCAACAAAUCUUUUCUGUUGCACCAGGAUCAGAUUCGUCGAAUGGUACUGUGUCUAACGUUCAAUACCAAGUAAUACCCCAGAUCCAGACAGCGGAUGGUCAGCAAGUUCAACUUGGCUUUGCAGCCUCUUCUGAUAAUAGCAGUAUAAAUCAAGAAACCGGUCAAAUUCAGAUCAUUCCUGGCUCUAAUCAAACCAUCAUUGCCUCUGGAUCACCUUCAGCUAAUAUUCAGAAUAUCUUAUCGCAGUCUGGUCAAGUCCAGGUUCAGGGAGUUGCAAUUGGUGGUUCGUCUUUUCCUGGCCAAGCACAAGUAGUUGCUAACGUCCCUCUUGGACUGCCAGGAAAUAUUACUUUUGUACCCAUCAAUAGUGUUGAUCUAGAUUCUCUGGGACUUGGCAGUGGUUCUCAAACCAUGACAGCAGGCAUUAAUGCAGAUGGGCACUUGAUAAAUACUGGACAGGCCAUGGAUAGUUCAGAUAAUUCUGAAAGGACUGGUGAGCAAGUUUCUCCCGAAAUUACAGAAACUGCCACUGAUAAUGACUUAUUUGUGCCAACAUCAUCUUCAUCACAAUUGCCCGUUACCAUAGACAGUUCAAGUAUAUUGGAACAAAAUGCAAACAACCUGACCACAACUAGUGGUCAAGUUCACAGUUCUGAUCUUCAGGGAAAUUACAUUCAGACAUCAGUCUCUGACGAUACGCAGGCUCAGAAUAUUCAGGUCUCAACGGCGCAGCCAAUUGUACAACACAUACAGCUUCAAGAGUCUCAGCAGCCAACCAGUCAAGCUCAGAUUGUACAAGGUAUUGCGCAACAGACAAUCCACGGUGUGCAAGCAAGUCAGAGUAUAUCUCCACAGGCUCUUCAGAAUCUUCAACUGCAGCUGAAUCCCGGGACUUUUUUAAUUCAGGCACAAACAGUGACCCCUUCUGGGCAGAUAACCUGGCAGACAUUUCAAGUGCAAGGAGUUCAGAAUUUGCAGAACCUGCAAAUUCAGAAUGCACCUGGUCAACAAAUAACUCUAACCCCUGUGCAGACUCUCACUCUUGGUCAAGUUGCAGCAGGUGGGGCACUGACAUCAACUCCAGUUAGUCUCAGCACUGCUCAGUUGCCAAAUCUACAGACAGUUACAGUGAACUCUAUAGAUUCUGCUGGUAUUCAGCUGCAUCAAGGAGAAAAUGCUGGCAGUCCUGCAGAUAUUAGGAUUAAAGAAGAGGAGCCUGAUCCAGAAGAGUGGCAGCUCAGUGGUGAUUCUACACUGAAUACCAAUGAUCUAACACAUUUGAGAGUACAGGUGGUAGAUGAGGAAGGGGACCAACCACAUCAAGAGGGAAAAAGACUGCGACGAGUAGCUUGCACGUGUCCCAACUGCAAAGAAGGUGGUGGAAGAGGCUCCAACUUGGGAAAGAAGAAGCAACACAUUUGUCACAUACCAGGGUGUGGCAAAGUAUAUGGGAAGACUUCACAUCUGAGAGCUCAUCUCCGCUGGCAUUCUGGAGAGCGUCCAUUUGUUUGUAAUUGGAUGUUCUGUGGCAAAAGGUUCACUCGCAGCGAUGAGCUUCAGCGACACCGAAGAACGCACACAGGUGAGAAGAAAUUCGUCUGUCCGGAAUGUUCAAAACGCUUUAUGAGAAGUGACCAUCUUGCCAAACACAUUAAAACACACCAGAAUAAGAAAGGUAUUCACUCCAGCAGUACAGUGCUGGCAUCAGUAGAAGCAACAUCUGAUGAUACUUUGAUUACUGCGGGAGGAACAACACUUAUCCUUGCAAAUAUUCAACAAGGUUCUGUUUCAGGAAUAGGAACUGUUAAUACAUCUGGCACCAGCAAUCAAGAUAUUCUUACCAACACUGAAAUACCUUUACAGCUUGUCACAGUUUCGGGAAACGAGACAAUGGAGUAAAUAUUACACAAGAUACCUAUUAAUUGUGGUUAUUUUUAUACAGUAGUGAGAAGAAUAUUGUUCCUAAGUUCUUAGAUAUCUUUUUAUUGAUGUGCAGAAAUUUUUGGAUUGACAGUAACUUGGUUAUACAUGACACUGAAAUGCCUUACUUUGUAUGAUAUUCCAUAGUAUAUUAAAAUGGUAAAAUUGCAUGGGUUUUGUAGGUACUUUUGGAAUCUAGAAGAGAUGAAAUUUUACCAAGUUAUAUUAAAAAAAAAAAAAAAAGAAUUUAACGAUGGAAAUGGUAAAAUGGUAGUCUAACCAAAUGCAUCAAUCCUGUGUGGUUUAGUGUAAAAAAAAUUAAAAAAAAAAUGAGAACAUGUUGGUAUUUAUCUAUUGUAAGAUAAAAGAAGUUGAUGGGUGAAAAGAAAUCAUGUUAUGAUAAAAGAAAUUUUGUAAUUUUCUUGAUGACUGGAAUUUUUAUUAUGCAUAACUGACAAAUCAAGUUUCCAAGCAAAUGUUACAUAGUGUAGGCUUUACUUAGCUCAUCAACUUGUCAUUUUGAAGCUAAUUAUUUUAAUUAGGUUAACUAUGUACAAUAUUUUAAGCAUUACUCUUGUAAGAUUUUGAAAACUACAUUUUAACAUGGAGCUCUAGGGAUAGUCACCCUUUAAAUCCUAUUGAAAAGCCAUGUUUAAGAUUUAAUUUGCCAAAAUGAUGUCUUGUUAAUAUUCUUUCAGUAACAAAGGUGGGCAAUAUAACCAAUGUUAAAAAAAAAAACUUAAAACGUUUAAAAAAAAAAAAAAGUAUGUAUAGGUUUUGAGGCAUUUGGGUGGUAAGGCAAAUGUUAUAGUGAAGUAUAUCCCUUCUCUUGAACAUUGGAGGACCAAAAAUAAGGUGUAUUGCGUCUCAGCAGUGAUUUUUAUCAAAUCUUUUUCCAAAAUCAUCUGCCAGGGCCUUAAAAGCCAUCAUGUAAAUUACCAGUAAAAUAUAACAUAUGCAAGUACAACGGAAAGAUCACUUCCAUAUUGACAGUACUCCUAAACAUAUGGAUAUAGUCAUAGUGAACUAGGGGUUUUAUGAGGUUUUUGUUUGUUGUUUAGUUUUUGGUUAGUCAAUCUGCAUUUAAAUAUCAGCCAUCUUUCCUUUUUUGCUUCUUCCCUUAAAAAUUGUAUGUAUCCAGUACAUUUAACUGAUAAACAUAUAUGUUUUUUAUUAUGCUGAAUUUUCUUUUUUUAAUUACUGUUUAUAUUUUCAAUUAUAGAAAAAUGUACAAAAUGAAGUUAUAUAGCCAGUCUAUAAGUGCUAUACCAUUUUCCAAAAAUGUACAACAAUAAUUACUGCAGUUCACCUAUUUACAAACAUUUGGAAAUCUGUUCAUUUGUUAUUCUUAAAACCACCUCAAAUUUAAAGGCUACCUUAUUGUACGUUUAAAGUGUAUUAUAACAGUGUGGUAGUUAAUAAAACACUAUUUUUUUUUCUUUUGA